GUCUCCAGACUCUCCACCAUGGCAGGGUUUAGCAGCAGAGGAAUGCUUCGCGUGUCCGAGGACGAAAACCGUCGACGAGAGGGUUACCUCGCGAGCUACAAACAAAUUCGCGAUUCGCUCAUCAAUCUUCAACACUCUGCCGACCGUAUUUUCGACACAAUUUCUCAAAGGACUGCGAAAGAGAAUGAGAAACUGAUUGGAUUGUCGAAGAGGAUUCAAAGUGCCAAGGCAAAGAUUGAGGCGAUAUCUCAUAAAAAGGAGUCAAUCACAAUUAGAUCUCCUUCAAAAUAUCCAUCAAAAUCCGAUGGAGACAAGGACUUUCAAACUUUAUUUGGAUAUAAGGAUGAUGAAACUGGUGGCAAUUUUCCAGUAGCAAAGAUCUUGGUUAAUGGAGGUUUGAAUAGGGAGUUUGGAAUAGAUGGUACACUCGAGCUUUUUCAGUUCUUCUCGGAAACAACUCCAGGCUUUCCACUCAGGGAGGUUCAUCCAACGGUAGGGUCUCAUGUUGCCCGUUCAGAUGGAAACACAUCUAUUGACAAUCUUCUAAAACCUCCACAUUUUACUUAUGGCAGCCUCAUAAAGGAGGAUUACAUUGCUAGAGAUUCUUCCUCAAGCUCUAAGCAACCAGAUCUUCCACCUCCACCUCCAAGCUUACUUCAUGGCUCACAAGUAAGGGUGCCUCCAAGAUCAGAGGGUUUCAGCCUUAGACCAUCUGUUACACAACAUUUGAAGCUACAACACUCCCUUUCUAAUCUUUCAAUGGAUUUAAACAUGGCCUUGAGUGGAACCACAGGUGCAUCUAGUCAAACCAGGCCACACUUGACAUCAGGUCCUACUUCACUGCCUCCAUUAGCUAAGACACCGAUGGUGCAGAAGAAUCAACUGAGUAGAGAUACCAAAGAUAUGACAGCAAGCAUUGAUGAUCAAAAUUCCAUCCCUCCAUUACACAAUGUUAGUAUUCAACCUUUCAUUGUCACUUCCUUCUAUAAUGCACCCCCACCCUAACCUGACACGCAUAUG